CCUACCAGCAGACGAAAAAGGAAGACAAACGGUUAAAUUGUGUAUUGUUGGGUACAACAGUCUCCUUCUGUGUACUUCGCUAUAUCUGUUUACGGGAAGGUCAAAACGGAUCGUCCGUGUGCUGAAAAACCAAUUCGUUUCAUUUCAUCUACGCAUGUUAAAACGUAAAUCGACGAACAUAGAAUAGCAGAAUCGAAUAGCUCGUGAAAUACGGGGUGAUAUGCGAUCGCUGUGUAUAAAUACUAUAAUAAGUGCGUUGUUUGUAUAAACCUCUCACUCACAUUUAGGUAGAUCUAUUCUAGUCGAUUUUUUACUGAUAUGGAAACGUGGAUAGUGGCAGUUUAAAGCAAUUUAAGAAGUUUGUGCCAGUCUAGCAUUGGAUUUCUGUGAAAUACAGAAAAGAGAAAUGUAUGAUAUUGUGGAUCGUAAGUUGCUGAGAGUUGGUCAUGUAGCUCUGGAAGUUCAAGGGUACAAUGGGCAAGUGUUACUUGUAUGGGGUGGUUACACGCAAAAUCCUAACCAAGAAACCUUAGAUCAGGAAUAUCAUGACCCCAGUGAAAUCUUGUUGUAUGACCCUAUGGUAGCAAGAUGGACAAUAAAGACAACAAAGGGGCACAUACCACCUGCUAAUUCUGGUGCUUGUGGUGUUGUAGUUGGGGACCUUUUGUAUAUUUAUGGAGGAUAUUUUGGAGACCCUGAUCUUGAAGGAAAUAGUAAUAACAUUUAUCAGCUCAAUCUGUUCACAUGGAUAUGGACAAGGUUAGAACCUGAUGCAACAAGAUGCAAACCUUUACAUCGUGAUAAACUGUUUGGAUGGGCUUACAACAACAAAGUUUUCUUUUUUGGUGGCUUUGGUACACCUGCUGACGACGAUCGCAAUGCUGAUCAGUAUGAUUAUAUUCCUGAUAGAAGUCAUCAAUGGUAUAUGGGAAGAGGAUGGAAUAAUCAGUUGGUUGCAUACAACAUUAAUAGCAACAGAUGGGAAUGGCCAGAAACUAGUGGGCUACCUCCAAGUCCACGUGCAGCUCUUGCUGGAUUUCGAUGCCAAUCCCGUGUGUAUAUCUUCGGUGGUAGACUUCAGGGAACACGAUUGAAUGAUCUUUACGUUCUUGACUUGAAGUCCAUGUCGUGGAGCGAAAAUUUAAAUCCAGGCAAGCUCUUCCCUUGUGGUCGAUCGUGGCAUUCUUUCACUUAUGUAGGGUCAUCUAAAGCUAUUUUAUACGGUGGUCUUUCAGCAGAAGGAGAAGUAUUGGGAGAUUGUUGGAUGUACGAUAUAGACCGAAAUAACUGGACCGAAAUACCAUUAAAGGUGUCCGAUAAACGAUUAUGGCAUCAAAGUGUUAAGGUCGACAGCGAUUGGAUCGUGAUAGGUGGAGUUCGAAGUAAUAUUCACAGCUACCAGCCAGAUGGCACGGUUUAUGCUGAAAACAUGUUGUCGAUGUCUGUCACUCCUAAAACUCUUCUCAGGUGCUGCGUGGAAUCUAUUGCUAAAUACGUCGGUCAUGGCGACCCAUUUAUCUCCCUGUUACCAAAACAUUUACAGGAGGUGGUCAAAGCUCGAACACGACAUACUUCUAGAGAUAUCUUGGAGAAGUCUAGCUAAAAUUUGUUUCAAAAUUUCGUAAAUAAAUGUUUUGUGCCGUUUA